AUGGCGGAGCAUCUCCGCAAGUUCCCCGCGAGAGCCGUCUUCCCCGCGUUGUCAAUUGAGGUUAAUAAUGUCUGCUGCAACCACCGGGCUUUGGCCAUCCUCCUAACGAAACCGAGACGCUGGCCUUCCAGAGUGCCUUCGCGGGGAGGUGGAGCUCAGGAAUCCACCCGAGACUCCUGGCCUGAGUACACUUGCCCGAGGUGUGAAUCUGGCUUUAUCGAAGAAGUCACAGAUGAUUCCAGGAAUUAUUCCGCCGCGUUCACGCAGGCAGGCUGCGUUUGCUCAUCCCUUUCUCUCUCAGACCACGCGGGGCCUGUCUUGCUCGCUUUCCUAGAUGGCAGCGGCAUAGACGACAGCCCCUCCACACAGUUCGCAGAGCUUUGGGACCAUUUGGACCACACAAUGUUCUUUCCUGACUUCAGACCCUUCCUGAGUAGCAGCUCACUGGAUCAAGACAGCAGGGACAACGAGAGGGGCCACCAAGCCCACGCCGACCUCUGGGGACCAAGCCGACCCCCGCGAUUGCCCAUGACGCGGAGGUACAGAUCCCGGGGCAGCUCGCGCCCCGACAGGUCUCCUGCUAUCGAAGGAAUAAUACAGCAGAUCUUUGCAGGGUUUUUUGCAAACUCAGCGAUUCCUGGCUCACAACACCCUUUUUCCUGGAGUGGGAUGCUGCACUCGAAUCCCGGGGACUACGCGUGGGGACAGAGCGGCCUUGAUGCCAUCGUCACCCAGCUCUUGGGGCAGCUGGAAAACACAGGACCGCCUCCAGCCGACAAAGAGAAGAUCUCCUCUCUCCCGACGGUGACAGUAACUCAGGAACAAGUUG